ACGUCAAUUCUCUCUUUCGGUGGCCAGGAGGGUUGAGAACUGGAAAGAGAAGGGGCGUCGAGAAUCCAUGGAAGCGGCAACCGCGAGCUCGCUGGGGAGAUCGGGAGCUGGAUUAAGGUCCGUACCAGGACUCGCGCGCUCCUCCUCCUCCUCCUUAACACUCAGGGACGCGCGCCGCCGUUCUCUUACUCCUCCGCACCUGCCUUGGCCGGCCUCGCGCCUCGUCCGCACCAGCGGAGCCGGGAGCCUGAGCGUCGUCGCCGCUGCUGCAAAUCCCCACAACCACCAGCAGCAGCAGCUGGGAGUGGAAGGGAUGGGGGUCGCCAUGGAGCCCGAGAGGGGUAGCCCAGGUGAGGUGAGGGAGGAGAUUGCGAGGUGCUACGAGCUGGUUCGCCGCCUCGGCCGUGGCGCCGUCUACCUCGGCUCCUCCAGGGUGCCGCCCACGCAUCCGCACUACCACCAAACCGCCGAGCUCGCCAGGGAGACAUCCAAGCUGCUGGACUGCACCACAUGGACCGGCGCCGGCCCCGGCCUCAUGGAUGCUGCCAUCCAAGGCGCGCUCCAGGCAGAGAAACCGGUUGGCGGCUUCAAGAUUGGCAAAGAGGCAGGUGAAUGGACGGCCUCAAACUUCCAUCCUUACCUGCCCCCAGAGUCUUACCUCACCUGCAGGUUCUUCUCGGCAAGGAAGCAUGGCUUGGUGGAUGCUGUCGUGCGGAACAGCUCUACCGAUAAAACUGCCAUCGUUGCAUUACCCGGCGGUAUUGGAACACUGGAUGAGGUUUUUGAGAUCAUGGCGCUGAUUCAACUCGAGAGGAUUGGGUCUGCGCUCCCAGUGCCAUUCUUGCUUAUGAAUUAUGACUCUUACUACUCCAAGCUGCUGGAGUUUCUGAAUGACUCCACGGAGUGGGGCACGGUUGCUCCAGGGGAAGUGGCCUCCCUGUGGAAGGUUUGCAACGGGAAUCAUGAAGCCUUAGAGUACUUGGCACAGUUCUACAACGUACCUGCUGGGCAAAGGAAUUAUCACACAUCACCUCCAUCAAAGGAGCACGUAACUUCAUAUAACGUGAGCUGACACAGCACAAGCACUCUUCUGUGUGUCUUUCACAUUACUCAAAUUUUGGUGUGAGCUAACUGUUUUGUACUUUUGUUAAAUAUAUAAAUGACACAAACUCAGCUGGUCUGUCGAAUAUAUGAUCUGUUUAUGGCAGCUUUAUCAA